ACGACUGAAUGUAUCAUGGCAAGCCUUAGACAGUAGGCCUUGCGACAGAUUGUGAUAGUCCCAGAGAAAACCGGUCUAGCCUAUCUUUAGAGAUGUGAUAGCAAAAGAUUAGAUGCUUCUUAGCAAACGAGUAGAAGAGAUGAAGCUGAAUUUGUCCAUGAUAUGCUCUGUUUGAUUUAUAGCGUUUGCGCAAAUAGUUGAUGUUGCCAAGUCUCUUUGUUGGGAAUGAUUGCCACAAGCUAUGAACAAAGGAUUAGCAAUGCAAUCUGCAGCAUGAUAAACUCAGAUACAAUGUCUAGCAAUCACUCUGGGUACAAGAUGGCCCAGACUUCCCCAUGGCGUCGUUGAAUUCCGUAAUCAUCUGAAUAUCAUUGUCUUGGAGCGAACAGAAUGGGCAAGUCAAAUAAAGAUGGACAUAUUCGAGAGCCACGGCCUAUUCGCCAUCAACAAGCAAGGCCACUCCCUGGUGGACCACCCAUGUAUCUGCAACCACAGUCCCCUCUCAUGGCCGCGUACAGCUUGAACGGGACAAAUUACUUUCAACAUCCCUGUGGCCAUCACUCCAGGAGCUCUGACGAUCGGUGCGGAAAUCCUGAUGGUAGUCAUCAAGGGUCACGAUCAAAGCAUUCCCCAAAGCUGGAACGUUCAGGAGAGAGGCAUUCUACCUCUCCUGCCUCUAAAGCUUCUAGCUCUAGAAGCGACGCAAGCAUCAGUGCAGAGCUAAGAGUCUCGCUCGCAGCGAGACAUUUAGCGGAUCAGAUCAGCGAGAGCAAGAAGUACUGGGUCAAGUUUCAGAAGAAGUAUGAGGAAGAAGUAGCUGGAAUUAAGUAUUACGUCGGCGAUGAUAUCCUUCAGCUGAUAUGGCAGAAGAGGAUCGAGUAUAAUAGCGAGUACAAGAGUGGGGAGAGCCAAGACGACGAAGAGUUCAGCAUUCAGCGGAUAAAGCUAGAAACGUGUCUAGACCAAGUCAACGAAGCUGCAAAGGCAUUUAUUCGAUCCCGACCACCAAAUGGCCAUUCUGAUCAUGAUCCUCGGCAUCUUGCGCUAGACAAGAUUCAUGACGCCGGGGUCCUCGUUCUCGGCUUGGCUACGAAGUCUGCGUCGAACAGUGCGUCGUGCGUAAAUCUAGUCACAGAAGCAUCUAACCUUGAGAAGCUCGUAGACCCGAAAAGCCCGGAUGCUAAAGUGUUACACCGGUUCGACAAGCGAAAAAGCAAAAGUGCUACGUCUAGGGACGUAAAAGACGAAAAUGAAGGUGUAACCUCGAAUAACCCAACACCUCAAGACGUAAUGGAAUUACUCAACCAGGAAGAAAUGGUCGAUGCGGGGGACAAGAAUGAAGGGGGCUGGAAUUGAUCUAAAAAGGCGGAUCAAUAUGCCCAGAGUGUUGUUGUCGAAAGACAGAGCAAAGCUGUCGUUGUUGUGGUUGAUUGUCGUGAUUUCAUCAAUGUAUCGUUAGUAGUAUCCUUAACUUAGAGGGUAUCAGAUUUGGGGUUGAUAUUAUUCUUGACUCACCUAAAAAGAAAAAGGGUGAAGCAUCGUCCUCAUCAGAGUAAUCAGAAUCGAAUUGUAGGCACCUUGUUCCCCCGAAGGGAAACAAGCUUCCC